CACUCGCCCCGUCCGCUGGACGCCUUCCCCGCUUCUCGCGGUCAAGUGCAGCCCCAGUCUCCCCGCCCCUCCUGCCCCGCACCUGUCGCUCUCCCGAGCCACCUCGGUGCCAGCUGACUCCCCACCUGCCGCCCUCCCCGCGGCCCCCGCCCCUCCCUGCCCAGAACAGCUGAAGGUCUCGGUCACCUCGGAGGGGCGCGCGGGGGGCGGGGGAGGGGCGGGGAAGCCUUGACGUUGCUGCCCAGGACGUGGCCCGGGGCUGGCGGGGACCGGCGCGUCCUCCUGCGCGCCCUCCCCGAAGUCCCACCUCCCGGCCGCGCGCCGGCUGCUGCGGGGAAAGUCUCUCCGAAAGCGCGAAGGGGGAUCGGAGGGGAUUUUUUAUUUCCCUUUGUGCCGGCGGCUGCGGCCGGAUCGAGGCGGCGGGGCCGGGGGCCGCGGGAUCGGGGGGCUCCCUCCGGAGCGGGAAAGAGCGCGACAAAGGAUGCGCCCUGCCGGGGUCACCGUCCCCACGGCCCAACUUUGCGCGCGGUGCCCGCGCCCCGGAGGAGCCCGCCCGCUGCGCUGAGAACCCAGGGGUCCGGGCCGAGCCGGGCGAAGGUGGGCCUCUCCCGCUCCCCCGCUGUCGCCGCUUCUGAAUUUCCCCUUCUGCACGCUGAGCCCGGCCAAGGCGCACGCCUGAUCUUUCUCCACCUGCUUCGCCUCCUCCCCCUGGGGAAGGGGGCCCGGAAAAAGGCAUGUGGAUCCCCCUCUGACGGUGGCAGGAUUUGGGGUGACACGCGUCCAGAUGGCCAGGUGGCUGCGGGACUACCUGAGCUUUGGCGGCCGGAGACCCCCUCCGCAGCCGCCCGCCCCCGACUACACGGAGAGCGACAUCCUGAGGGCCUACCGGGCGCAGAAGAACCUGGAUUUUGAAGACCCCUAUGAGGACGCCGACAACCGCCUGGAGCCGGACCCCGCGGGCCCUGGGGACUCCAAGGGGUCCGGAGACGCCAAGUACGACUCUCCCAAGCACAGGCUCAUCAAGGUGGAGGCUGCGGACAUGGCCAGAGCCAAGGCCUUGCUGGGCAGCCCCGGGGAGGAGCUGGAAGUUGACACUGAGUAUUCAGACCCUUUUGAUGCCCAGCCUCAUCCUCCUCCCCCAGAUGACGGUUACAUGGAGCCCUACGACGCCCAGCGGGUCAUGAGCGAGUUGCCAUGCAGAGGGGUGCAGCUGUAUGAUACUCCCCAUGAAGAACAGCACCGAGAUCCAGGGGAUGGACCCCUUUCCGGGCAAAGGCCUCGACAGAGCCGGCUGCCCCAGGAAGAUGAACGGCCAGCGGAUGAGUAUGACCAACCCUGGGAGUGGAAGAAAGACCACAUCUCCAGGGCAUUUGCAGUGCAGUUUGACAGUCCGGAGUGGGAAAGGGCCCCAGGCCCAGCCAAGGAGCUCCGGAGACCCGCGCCCAGAAGUCCUCUGCCUGCAGAACGCGUGGAUCCGGCCCUGCCCCUGGAGAAGCAGCCGUGGUUUCAUGGCCCGCUGAGCCGGGCUGAUGCUGAGAACCUCCUAUCACUCUGCAAGGAAGGCAGCUACCUCGUGCGGCUCAGCGAAACCAGCCCCCAGGACUGCUCCCUGUCCCUCAGGAGCAGCCAGGGUUUCCUGCAUCUGAAGUUCGCGCAGACUCGAGAGAACCAGAUCGUGCUGGGGCAGCACAGUGGCCCCUUUGCCAGCGUGCCCGAGCUGGUCCUGCACUACAGCUCGCGCCCGCUGCCGGUGCAGGGUGCGGAGCACCUGGCCCUGCUGUACCCGGUCAUCACACACACCCCCUGAUGGGGACCCUCAGCCCCCUGCCCAGCAUCCCUGCCUGAUAAAGCUGGAAGACAGAUGGACAAACAGACUCUCUACCCUUCCAGACCCUGGUCUACAUCAAAGCCACCUAAUCUGACUCCUUGUGGGUUCUAGAACUCAGAACUGUGUAUCAAAACCAUCCCCUGGCCUGGAAAAUAAAUAAGUUAUUGUC